UUUCUAUUGGUAAUUUGAAGGUGAUCAGUUUCCAAGUGGUUUUAGCCUACAAUGUUCAUCGCUCUUUUGUCCUGAUCUAUUAUGGAAAUGUUGCACAAAAAGGACAACCAUGGCAGGCUGGCUAUAGCACCGUGGACUCUGUCAGUUCCUUCACAACUCCAACAAACAGCGUCUCAGAACUGUCAUCAAGCAGUAAUGUCAACGUAACAGGUUUCUGGGCUUUGCAAGUUGAUGGCUCACCAAACUUGCCAGCUAAUUUCCUACCAUUUGGGAAUGGAGAAGUUGUAACCCCCCGUUCGGAUAAUGCCAGCUCUGAAGCCAUUGUAUUGCAGCAGCCUUUCAAAUAUUUUGGACGCACACUGAAUCAGACCUAUGUGAAUAACAAUGGCCUCCUAACGUUUACCAAACCACCGACCGACUGCAUUCCCCUUCUGAAUUCUGGAAGAGACGUCAUCGCUCCGCUUUGGACUCACUUUGACAACAGACAGGGCGGAACCAUUUCUUAUAGGGAGGAUACAAGCAGUGCUGUACUGGCACAAGUCACUGCAGCUGUUAAACAAUAUUUCCCUAACAUAGCUUUUACAGCUUUGUCAGCUUUUGUUGUUACUUGGGACAGCGUACCAUACUAUAAUGGUGCAGGGGUGGCUACUUUCCAAGUGGUUUUAGUCUCCAGUGUUCAGCGCUCUUUUAUCCUGCUGAACUAUGGAAAUAUCUCAGAGCCCAAACAAACCUGGGUGGCUGGUUAUGGCUCGGUGGAUUCUGUCAAUUCUUUCACAAUUGAAGUAUCAAAUGCCUCAGCACUCUCAUACAGCAGCAAUACCAAUGUGAAUGGUCGCUCCUCUUUCCAAGUUGAUGGCACACCAAACUUGCCAAGCAAUUUCCUACCUUCAGGGGAUGGUGAAGUUUUGAACCCCACUUCUGAUGAUGGAAGCUCAAGUGCCAUUUUCUUACAGCAGCCUUUCAAAUACUUUGGACGUACAUAUAAUCAGAUCUUUCUGAACAGCAAUGGGUUUCUAACAUUUACUGGGCCGCUGUCUGCCUACAACUCCUCUCUGGUUUCUGGAAGAGACAUUAUUGCUCCUCUUUGGACUCAACUUGACAGUAGACAUGGAGGAACCAUCUCCUAUAUCAAUAUUGCAAGCAGUAAAGUACUGGCACAAGUCAACACAGUGGUCAAGCAAAAUUUCCCUAACAUACCUUUUGCAGCUACAUCAGCAUUUGUUGCCACCUGGGACAGUGUGCCCUACUAUAAUGGUGGAGGGGUGGUCAGUUUCCAAGUGGUUUUAGCCUACAAUGUUCAUCGCUCUUUUGUCCUGAUCUAUUAUGGAAAUGUUGCACAAAAAGGACAACCAUGGCAGGCUGGCUAUAGCACCGUGGACUCUGUCAGUUCCUUCACAACUCCAACAAACAGCGUCUCAGAACUGUCAUCAAGCAGUAAUGUCAACGUAACAGGUUUCUGGGCUUUGCAAGUUGAUGGCUCACCAAACUUGCCAGCUAAUUUCCUACCAUUUGGGAAUGGAGAAAUAGUAACCCCCCGUUUGGAUAAUGCCAGCUCUGAAGCCAUUGUAUUGCAGCAGCCUUUCAAAUAUUUUGGACGCACACUGAAUCAGACCUAUGUGAAUAACAAUGGCCUCCUAACGUUUACCAAACCACCGACCGACUGCAUUCCCCUUCUGAAUUCUGGAAGAGACGUCAUCGCUCCGCUUUGGACUCACUUUGACAACAGACAGGGCGGAACCAUUUCUUAUAGGGAGGAUACAAGCAGUGCUGUACUGGCACAAGUCACUGCAGCUGUUAAACAAUAUUUCCUUAACGCAGCUUUUACAGCUUUGUCAGCUUUUGUUGUUACUUGGGACAGCGUGCCAUACUAUAAUGGUGCAGGGGUGGCUACUUUCCAAGUGGUUUUAGUCUCCAGUGUUCAGCGCUCUUUUAUCCUGCUGAACUAUGGAAAUAUCUCAGAGCCCAAACAAACCUGGGUGGCUGGUUAUGGCACAGUGGACUCUGUCAAUUCUUUCACAAUUGAAGUAUCAAAUGCCUCAGCACUCUCAUACAGCAGCAAUACCAAUGUGAAUGGUCGCUCCUCUUUCCAAGUUGAUGGCACACCAAACUUGCCAAGCAAUUUCCUACCUUCAGGAAAUGGUGAAGUUGUGAACCCCACUUCUGAUGAUGGAAGCUCAAGUGCCAUUUUCUUACAGCAGCCUUUCAAAUACUUUGGACGUACAUAUAAUCAGAUCUUUCUGAACAGCAAUGGGUUUCUAACAUUUACUGAGCCGCUGUCUGCCUACAACUCCUCUCUGGUUUCUGGAAGAGACCUCAUUGCUCCUCUUUGGACUCAACUUGACAGUAGACAUGGAGGAACCAUCUCCUAUAUCAAUAUUGCAAGCAGUAAAGUACUGGCACAAGUCAACACAGUGGUCAAGCAAAAUUUCCCUAACAUACCUUUUGCAGCUACAUCAGCAUUUGUUGCCACCUGGGACAGUGUGCCCUACUAUAAUGGUGGAGGGGUGGUCAGUUUCCAAGUGGUUUUAGCCUACAAUGUUCAUCGCUCUUUUGUCCUGAUCUAUUAUGGAAAUGUUGCACAAAAAGGACAACCAUGGCAGGCUGGCUAUAGCACCGUGGACUCUGUCAGUUCCUUCACAACUCCAACAAACAGCGUCUCAGAACUGUCAUCAAGCAGUAAUGUCAAUGUAACAGGUUUCUGGGCUUUGCAAGUUGAUGGCUCACCAAACUUGCCAGCUAAUUUCCUACCAUUUGGGAAUGGAGAAGUUGUAACCCCCCGUUCGGAUAAUGCCAGCUCUGAAGCCAUUGUAUUGCAGCAGCCUUUCAAAUAUUUUGGACGCACACUGAAUCAGACCUAUGUGAAUAACAAUGGCCUCCUAACGUUUACCAAACCACCGACCGACUGCAUUCCCCUUCUGAAUUCUGGAAGAGACGUCAUCGCUCCGCUUUGGACUCACUUUGACAACAGACAGGGCGGAACCAUUUCUUAUAGGGAGGAUACAAGCAGUGCUGUACUGGCACAAGUCACUGCAGCUGUUAAACAAUAUUUCCCUAACAUAGCUUUUACAGCUUUGUCAGCUUUUGUUGUUACUUGGGACAGCGUACCAUACUAUAAUGGUGCAGGGGUGGCUACUUUCCAAGUGGUUUUAGUCUCCAGUGUUCAGCGCUCUUUUAUCCUGCUGAACUAUGGAAAUAUCUCAGAGCCCAAACAAACCUGGGUGGCUGGUUAUGGCUCGGUGGAUUCUGUCAAUUCUUUCACAAUUGAAGUAUCAAAUGCCUCAGCACUCUCAUACAGCAGCAAUACCAAUGUGAAUGGUCGCUCCUCUUUCCAAGUUGAUGGCACACCAAACUUGCCAAGCAAUUUCCUACCUUCAGGGGAUGGUGAAGUUUUGAACCCCACUUCUGAUGAUGGAAGCUCAAGUGCCAUUUUCUUACAGCAGCCUUUCAAAUACUUUGGACGUACAUAUAAUCAGAUCUUUCUGAACAGCAAUGGGUUUCUAACAUUUACUGGGCCGCUGUCUGCCUACAACUCCUCUCUGGUUUCUGGAAGAGACAUUAUUGCUCCUCUUUGGACUCAACUUGACAGUAGACAUGGAGGAACCAUCUCCUAUAUCAAUAUUGCAAGCAGUAAAGUACUGGCACAAGUCAACACAGUGGUCAAGCAAAAUUUCCCUAACAUACCUUUUGCAGCUACAUCAGCAUUUGUUGCCACCUGGGACAGUGUGCCCUACUAUAAUGGUGGAGGGGUGGUCAGUUUCCAAGUGGUUUUAGCCUACAAUGUUCAUCGCUCUUUUGUCCUGAUCUAUUAUGGAAAUGUUGCACAAAAAGGACAACCAUGGCAGGCUGGCUAUAGCACCGUGGACUCUGUCAGUUCCUUCACAACUCCAACAAACAGCGUCUCAGAACUGUCAUCAAGCAGUAAUGUCAACGUAACAGGUUUCUGGGCUUUGCAAGUUGAUGGCUCACCAAACUUGCCAGCUAAUUUCCUACCAUUUGGGAAUGGAGAAAUAGUAACCCCCCGUUUGGAUAAUGCCAGCUCUGAAGCCAUUGUAUUGCAGCAGCCUUUCAAAUAUUUUGGACGCACACUGAAUCAGACCUAUGUGAAUAACAAUGGCCUCCUAACGUUUACCAAACCACCGACCGACUGCAUUCCCCUUCUGAAUUCUGGAAGAGACGUCAUCGCUCCGCUUUGGACUCACUUUGACAACAGACAGGGCGGAACCAUUUCUUAUAGGGAGGAUACAAGCAGUGCUGUACUGGCACAAGUCACUGCAGCUGUUAAACAAUAUUUCCUUAACGCAGCUUUUACAGCUUUGUCAGCUUUUGUUGUUACUUGGGACAGCGUGCCAUACUAUAAUGGUGCAGGGGUGGCUACUUUCCAAGUGGUUUUAGUCUCCAGUGUUCAGCGCUCUUUUAUCCUGCUGAACUAUGGAAAUAUCUCAGAGCCCAAACAAACCUGGGUGGCUGGUUAUGGCACAGUGGACUCUGUCAAUUCUUUCACAAUUGAAGUAUCAAAUGCCUCAGCACUCUCAUACAGCAGCAAUACCAAUGUGAAUGGUCGCUCCUCUUUCCAAGUUGAUGGCACACCAAACUUGCCAAGCAAUUUCCUACCUUCAGGAAAUGGUGAAGUUGUGAACCCCACUUCUGAUGAUGGAAGCUCAAGUGCCAUUUUCUUACAGCAGCCUUUCAAAUACUUUGGACGUACAUAUAAUCAGAUCUUUCUGAACAGCAAUGGGUUUCUAACAUUUACUGAGCCGCUGUCUGCCUACAACUCCUCUCUGGUUUCUGGAAGAGACCUCAUUGCUCCUCUUUGGACUCAACUUGACAGUAGACAUGGAGGAACCAUCUCCUAUAUCAAUAUUGCAAGCAGUAAAGUACUGGCACAAGUCAACACAGUGGUCAAGCAAAAUUUCCCUAACAUACCUUUUGCAGCUACAUCAGCAUUUGUUGCCACCUGGGACAGUGUGCCCUACUAUAAUGGUGGAGGGGUGGUCAGUUUCCAAGUGGUUUUAGCCUACAAUGUUCAUCGCUCUUUUGUCCUGAUCUAUUAUGGAAAUGUUGCACAAAAAGGACAACCAUGGCAGGCUGGCUAUAGCACCGUGGACUCUGUCAGUUCCUUCACAACUCCAACAAACAGCGUCUCAGAACUGUCAUCAAGCAGUAAUGUCAAUGUAACAGGUUUCUGGGCUUUGCAAGUUGAUGGCUCACCAAACUUGCCAGCUAAUUUCCUACCAUUUGGGAAUGGAGAAAUUGUAACCCCCCGUUCGGAUAAUGCCAGCUCUGAUGCCAUUGUAUUGCAGCAGCCUUUCAAAUAUUUUGGACGCACACUGAAUCAGACCUAUGUGAAUAACAAUGGCCUCCUAACAUUUACCAAACCACCGACCGACUGCAUUCCCCUUCUGAAUUCUGGAAGAGACGUCAUCGCUCCACUUUGGACUCACUUUGACAACAGACAGGGCGGAACCAUUUCUUAUAGGGAGGAUACAAGCAGUGCUGUACUGGCACAAGUCACUGCAGCUGUUAAACAAUAUUUCCCUAACAUAGCUUUUACAGCUUUGUCAGCUUUUGUUGUUACUUGGGACAGCGUGCCAUACUAUAAUGGUGCAGGGGUGGCUACUUUCCAAGUGGUUUUAGUCUCCAGUGUUCAGCGCUCUUUUAUCCUGCUGAACUAUGGAAAUAUCUCAGAGCCCAAACAAACCUGGGUGGCUGGUUAUGGCUCGGUGGAUUCUGUCAAUUCUUUCACAAUUGAAGUAUCAAAUGCCUCAGCACUCUCAUACAGCAGCAAUACCAAUGUGAAUGGUCGCUCCUCUUUCCAAGUUGAUGGCACACCAAACUUGCCAAGCAAUUUCCUACCUUCAGGGGAUGGUGAAGUUUUGAACCCCACUUCUGAUGAUGGAAGCUCAAGUGCCAUUUUCUUACAGCAGCCUUUCAAAUACUUUGGACGUACAUAUAAUCAGAUCUUUCUGAACAGCAAUGGGUUUCUAACAUUUACUGGGCCGCUGUCUGCCUACAACUCCUCUCUGGUUUCUGGAAGAGACAUUAUUGCUCCUCUUUGGACUCAACUUGACAGUAGACAUGGAGGAACCAUCUCCUAUAUCAAUACUGCAAGCAGUAAAGUACUGGCACAAGUCAACACAGUGGUCAAGCAAAAUUUCCCUAACAUACCUUUUGCAGCUACAUCAGCAUUUGUUGCCACCUGGGACAGUGUGCCCUACUAUAAUGGUGGAGGGGUGGUCAGUUUCCAAGUGGUUUUAGCCUACAAUGUUCAUCGCUCUUUUGUCCUGAUCUAUUAUGGAAAUGUUGCACAAAAAGGACAACCAUGGCAGGCUGGCUAUAGCACCGUGGACUCUGUCAGUUCCUUCACAACUCCAACAAACAGCGUCUCAGAACUGUCAUCAAGCAGUAAUGUCAACGUAACAGGUUUCUGGGCUUUGCAAGUUGAUGGCUCACCAAACUUGCCAGCUAAUUUCCUACCAUUUGGGAAUGGAGAAAUAGUAACUCCCCGUUUGGAUAAUGCCAGCUCUGAAGCCAUUGUAUUGCAGCAGCCUUUCAAAUAUUUUGGACGCACACUGAAUCAGACCUAUGUGAAUAACAAUGGCCUCCUAACGUUUACCAAACCACCGACCGACUGCAUUCCCCUUCUGAAUUCUGGAAGAGACGUCAUCGCUCCGCUUUGGACUCACUUUGACAACAGACAGGGCGGAACCAUUUCUUAUAGGGAGGAUACAAGCAGUGCUGUACUGGCACAAGUCACUGCAGCUGUUAAACAAUAUUUCCUUAACGCAGCUUUUACAGCUUUGUCAGCUUUUGUUGUUACUUGGGACAGCGUGCCAUACUAUAAUGGUGCAGGGGUGGCUACUUUCCAAGUGGUUUUAGUCUCCAGUGUUCAGCGCUCUUUUAUCCUGCUGAACUAUGGAAAUAUCUCAGAGCCCAAACAAACCUGGGUGGCUGGUUAUGGCACAGUGGACUCUGUCAAUUCUUUCACAAUUGAAGUAUCAAAUGCCUCAGCACUCUCAUACAGCAGCAAUACCAAUGUGAAUGGUCGCUCCUCUUUCCAAGUUGAUGGCACACCAAACUUGCCAAGCAAUUUCCUACCUUCAGGAAAUGGUGAAGUUGUGAACCCCACUUCUGAUGAUGGAAGCUCAAGUGCCAUUUUCUUACAGCAGCCUUUCAAAUACUUUGGACGUACAUAUAAUCAGAUCUUUCUGAACAGCAAUGGGUUUCUAACAUUUACUGAGCCGCUGUCUGCCUACAACUCCUCUCUGGUUUCUGGAAGAGACCUCAUUGCUCCUCUUUGGACUCAACUUGACAGUAGACAUGGAGGAACCAUCUCCUAUAUCAAUAUUGCAAGCAGUAAAGUACUGGCACAAGUCAACACAGUGGUCAAGCAAAAUUUCCCUAACAUACCUUUUGCAGCUACAUCAGCAUUUGUUGCCACCUGGGACAGUGUGCCCUACUAUAAUGGUGGAGGGGUGGUCAGUUUCCAAGUGGUUUUAGCCUACAAUGUUCAUCGCUCUUUUGUCCUGAUCUAUUAUGGAAAUGUUGCACAAAAAGGACAACCAUGGCAGGCUGGCUAUAGCACCGUGGACUCUGUCAGUUCCUUCACAACUCCAACAAACAGCGUCUCAGAACUGUCAUCAAGCAGUAAUGUCAAUGUAACAGGUUUCUGGGCUUUGCAAGUUGAUGGCUCACCAAACUUGCCAGCUAAUUUCCUACCAUUUGGGAAUGGAGAAAUUGUAACCCCCCGUUCGGAUAAUGCCAGCUCUGAUGCCAUUGUAUUGCAGCAGCCUUUCAAAUAUUUUGGACGCACACUGAAUCAGACCUAUGUGAAUAACAAUGGCCUCCUAACAUUUACCAAACCACCGACCGACUGCAUUCCCCUUCUGAAUUCUGGAAGAGACGUCAUCGCUCCACUUUGGACUCACUUUGACAACAGACAGGGCGGAACCAUUUCUUAUAGGGAGGAUACAAGCAGUGCUGUACUGGCACAAGUCACUGCAGCUGUUAAACAAUAUUUCCCUAACAUAGCUUUUACAGCUUUGUCAGCUUUUGUUGUUACUUGGGACAGCGUGCCAUACUAUAAUGGUGCAGGGGUGGCUACUUUCCAAGUGGUUUUAGUCUCCAGUGUUCAGCGCUCUUUUAUCCUGCUGAACUAUGGAAAUAUCUCAGAGCCCAAACAAACCUGGGUGGCUGGUUAUGGCUCGGUGGAUUCUGUCAAUUCUUUCACAAUUGAAGUAUCAAAUGCCUCAGCACUCUCAUACAGCAGCAAUACCAAUGUGAAUGGUCGCUCCUCUUUCCAAGUUGAUGGCACACCAAACUUGCCAAGCAAUUUCCUACCUUCAGGGGAUGGUGAAGUUUUGAACCCCACUUCUGAUGAUGGAAGCUCAAGUGCCAUUUUCUUACAGCAGCCUUUCAAAUACUUUGGACGUACAUAUAAUCAGAUCUUUCUGAACAGCAAUGGGUUUCUAACAUUUACUGGGCCGCUGUCUGCCUACAACUCCUCUCUGGUUUCUGGAAGAGACAUUAUUGCUCCUCUUUGGACUCAACUUGACAGUAGACAUGGAGGAACCAUCUCCUAUAUCAAUACUGCAAGCAGUAAAGUACUGGCACAAGUCAACACAGUGGUCAAGCAAAAUUUCCCUAACAUACCUUUUGCAGCUACAUCAGCAUUUGUUGCCACCUGGGACAGUGUGCCCUACUAUAAUGGUGGAGGGGUGGUCAGUUUCCAAGUGGUUUUAGCCUACAAUGUUCAUCGCUCUUUUGUCCUGAUCUAUUAUGGAAAUGUUGCACAAAAAGGACAACCAUGGCAGGCUGGCUAUAGCACCGUGGACUCUGUCAGUUCCUUCACAACUCCAACAAACAGCGUCUCAGAACUGUCAUCAAGCAGUAAUGUCAAUGUAACAGGUUUCUGGGCUUUGCAAGUUGAUGGCUCACCAAACUUGCCAGCUAAUUUCCUACCAUUUGGGAAUGGAGAAAUUGUAACCCCCCGUUCGGAUAAUGCCAGCUCUGAUGCCAUUGUAUUGCAGCAGCCUUUCAAAUAUUUUGGACGCACACUGAAUCAGACCUAUGUGAAUAACAAUGGCCUCCUAACAUUUACCAAACCACCGACCGACUGCAUUCCCCUUCUGAAUUCUGGAAGAGACGUCAUCGCUCCACUUUGGACUCACUUUGACAACAGACAGGGCGGAACCAUUUCUUAUAGGGAGGAUACAAGCAGUGCUGUACUGGCACAAGUCACUGCAGCUGUUAAACAAUAUUUCCCUAACAUAGCUUUUACAGCUUUGUCAGCUUUUGUUGUUACUUGGGACAGCGUGCCAUACUAUAAUGGUGCAGGGGUGGCUACUUUCCAAGUGGUUUUAGUCUCCAGUGUUCAGCGCUCUUUUAUCCUGCUGAACUAUGGAAAUAUCUCAGAGCCCAAACAAACCUGGGUGGCUGGUUAUGGCUCGGUGGAUUCUGUCAAUUCUUUCACAAUUGAAGUAUCAAAUGCCUCAGCACUCUCAUACAGCAGCAAUACCAAUGUGAAUGGUCGCUCCUCUUUCCAAGUUGAUGGCACACCAAACUUGCCAAGCAAUUUCCUACCUUCAGGGGAUGGUGAAGUUUUGAACCCCACUUCUGAUGAUGGAAGCUCAAGUGCCAUUUUCUUACAGCAGCCUUUCAAAUACUUUGGACGUACAUAUAAUCAGAUCUUUCUGAACAGCAAUGGGUUUCUAACAUUUACUGGGCCGCUGUCUGCCUACAACUCCUCUCUGGUUUCUGGAAGAGACAUUAUUGCUCCUCUUUGGACUCAACUUGACAGUAGACAUGGAGGAACCAUCUCCUAUAUCAAUACUGCAAGCAGUAAAGUACUGGCACAAGUCAACACAGUGGUCAAGCAAAAUUUCCCUAACAUACCUUUUGCAGCUACAUCAGCAUUUGUUGCCACCUGGGACAGUGUGCCCUACUAUAAUGGUGGAGGGGUGGUCAGUUUCCAAGUGGUUUUAGCCUACAAUGUUCAUCGCUCUUUUGUCCUGAUCUAUUAUGGAAAUGUUGCACAAAAAGGACAACCAUGGCAGGCUGGCUAUAGCACCGUGGACUCUGUCAGUUCCUUCACAACUCCAACAAACAGCGUCUCAGAACUGUCAUCAAGCAGUAAUGUCAACGUAACAGGUUUCUGGGCUUUGCAAGUUGAUGGCUCACCAAACUUGCCAGCUAAUUUCCUACCAUUUGGGAAUGGAGAAAUAGUAACUCCCCGUUUGGAUAAUGCCAGCUCUGAAGCCAUUGUAUUGCAGCAGCCUUUCAAAUAUUUUGGACGCACACUGAAUCAGACCUAUGUGAAUAACAAUGGCCUCCUAACGUUUACCAAACCACCGACCGACUGCAUUCCCCUUCUGAAUUCUGGAAGAGACGUCAUCGCUCCGCUUUGGACUCACUUUGACAACAGACAGGGCGGAACCAUUUCUUAUAGGGAGGAUACAAGCAGUGCUGUACUGGCACAAGUCACUGCAGCUGUUAAACAAUAUUUCCUUAACGCAGCUUUUACAGCUUUGUCAGCUUUUGUUGUUACUUGGGACAGCGUGCCAUACUAUAAUGGUGCAGGGGUGGCUACUUUCCAAGUGGUUUUAGUCUCCAGUGUUCAGCGCUCUUUUAUCCUGCUGAACUAUGGAAAUAUCUCAGAGCCCAAACAAACCUGGGUGGCUGGUUAUGGCACAGUGGACUCUGUCAAUUCUUUCACAAUUGAAGUAUCAAAUGCCUCAGCACUCUCAUACAGCAGCAAUACCAAUGUGAAUGGUCGCUCCUCUUUCCAAGUUGAUGGCACACCAAACUUGCCAAGCAAUUUCCUACCUUCAGGAAAUGGUGAAGUUGUGAACCCCACUUCUGAUGAUGGAAGCUCAAGUGCCAUUUUCUUACAGCAGCCUUUCAAAUACUUUGGACGUACAUAUAAUCAGAUCUUUCUGAACAGCAAUGGGUUUCUAACAUUUACUGAGCCGCUGUCUGCCUACAACUCCUCUCUGGUUUCUGGAAGAGACCUCAUUGCUCCUCUUUGGACUCAACUUGACAGUAGACAUGGAGGAACCAUCUCCUAUAUCAAUAUUGCAAGCAGUAAAGUACUGGCACAAGUCAACACAGUGGUCAAGCAAAAUUUCCCUAACAUACCUUUUGCAGCUACAUCAGCAUUUGUUGCCACCUGGGACAGUGUGCCCUACUAUAAUGGUGGAGGGGUGGUCAGUUUCCAAGUGGUUUUAGCCUACAAUGUUCAUCGCUCUUUUGUCCUGAUCUAUUAUGGAAAUGUUGCACAAAAAGGACAACCAUGGCAGGCUGGCUAUAGCACCGUGGACUCUGUCAGUUCCUUCACAACUCUAACAAACAGCGUCUCAGAACUGUCAUCAAGCAGUAAUGUCAAUGUAACAGGUUUCUGGGCUUUGCAAGUUGAUGGCUCACCAAACUUGCCAGCUAAUUUCCUACCAUUUGGGAAUGGAGAAAUUGUAACCCCCCGUUCGGAUAAUGCCAGCUCUGAUGCCAUUGUAUUGCAGCAGCCUUUCAAAUAUUUUGGACGCACACUGAAUCAGACCUAUGUGAAUAACAAUGGCCUCCUAACAUUUACCAAACCACCGACCGACUGCAUUCCCCUUCUGAAUUCUGGAAGAGACGUCAUCGCUCCACUUUGGACUCACUUUGACAACAGACAGGGCGGAACCAUUUCUUAUAGGGAGGAUACAAGCAGUGCUGUACUGGCACAAGUCACUGCAGCUGUUAAACAAUAUUUCCCUAACAUAGCUUUUACAGCUUUGUCAGCUUUUGUUGUUACUUGGGACAGCGUGCCAUACUAUAAUGGUGCAGGGGUGGCUACUUUCCAAGUGGUUUUAGUCUCCAGUGUUCAGCGCUCUUUUAUCCUGCUGAACUAUGGAAAUAUCUCAGAGCCCAAGCAAUCCUGGGUGGCUGGUUAUGGCAUGGUGGAUUCUGUCAAUUCUUUCACAAUUGAAGUAUCAAAUGCCUCAGCACUCUCAUACAGCAGCAAUACUAAUGUGAAUGGUCGCUCCUCUUUCCAAGUUGAUGGCACACCAAACUUGCCAAGCAAUUUCCUACCUUCAGGAAAUGGUGAAGUUGUGAACCCCACUUCUGAUGAUGGAAGCUCGGGUGCCAUUUUCUUACAGCAACCUUUUAAAUACUUUGGACGUACAUAUAAUCAGAUCUUUCUGAACAGCAAUGGGUUUCUAACAUUUACUGGGCCGCUUUCUGCCUACAACUCAUCUCUGGUUUCUGGAAGAGACAUUAUUGCUCCUCUUUGGACUCAACUUGACAGUAGACAUGGAGGAACCAUCUCCUAUAUCAAUACUGCAAGCAGUAAAGUACUGGCACAAGUCAACACAGUGGUCAGGCAAAAUUUUCCUAACAUACCUUUUGCAGCUACAUCAGCAUUUGUUGCCACCUGGGACAGUGUGCCCUACUAUAAUGGUGGAGGGGUGGUCAGUUUCCAAGUGGUUUUAGUCUACAAUGUUCAUCGCUCUUUUGUCCUGAUCUAUUAUGGAAAUGUUGCACGAAAAGGACAACCAUGGCAGGCUGGCUAUAGCACCAUGGACUAUGUCAGUUUCUUCAUAGCUCCAGCACGCAGUGUCUCAGAACUCUCUUCAAACAGUAAUAUCAAUGCGACAGGUUGCUGGGCUUUCCAGGUGGAUGGGUCACCAAAAUUGCCAGACAAUUUCAUACCAUUUGGAAAUGGAGAAAUGGUUACACCCCGUUUGGACAACGGCAGCUCUGAAGCCAUUAUACUGCAGCAGCCUUUCAAAUAUUUUGGACGCACACUGAAUCAGACCUUUGUGAACAACAAUGGCCUUCUAACGUUUGCUAAGCCGCCGUCCGACUGCAUCCCCUUUCUGAACUCUGGAAGAGACCUCAUUGCCCCCCUGUGGACUCACUUUGACAACAGACAGGGCGGAACAAUCUCCUGUAGAGAGGACACAAGCAGUGAUGUGCUGGCACAAGUCAACGCAGCUAUUAAACAAAACUCCCCUAACGCAAAUUUUACUGCUUCAUCAGCUUUUGUAGCUACCUGGGACAACGUGCCAUACUAUGAUGGUAGAGGGGUGGCUACUUUCCAAGUGGUUUUAGCCUCCAGUGUUCAGCGCUCUUUCAUCCUGCUGAAUUAUGGAAACAUCUCAAAGUUGGGACAAACCUGGCUGGCUGGUUACGACACGGUGGACUCGGCCAACUCUUUCACGAUUAAAGUAAGCAACGCCUCAGAACUCUCAUCCAGCAGCAAUACCAAUGUGAAUGGUCGCUCCACUUUCCCAGUGGAUGGCUCAACAAAAGUGCCAAGCAAUUUCCUGCCUUCAGACGAUGGCCAAGCAGUGAACUCCACUGCCAACGAUGGAAGCUCAGAUGCCAUUUCCUUGCAGCAGCCUUUCAAAUUCUUUGGACGUACAUACAGUCAGAUCUAUAUGAACAGCAAUGGAUACCUAACAUUUACUAAGCCGCUGCCUGCCUUCAACUCCUCCCUGAACCCUAAAAGAGAUAUCAUUGCUCCUCUUUGGACUCAACUUGACAGUAGACGUGGUGGAAGCAUCUCUUACAUCAAUAAGCCAAGCAGUAAUGUUCUGGCACAGGUCACUGCAGCGGUCAAGCAAUACUUCCCCAACAUACCUUUUGCAGCUGCUUCAGCGUUUGUCGCUACCUGGAAAAGUGUGCCCUACAAUAAUAGCGGAGGGGUGGUCAAUUUCCAAGUGGUUUUAGCCUACAAUGUUCAUCGCUCUUUUGUCUUCAUCUAUUAUGGAGAUAUUGCAGAGACCGGACAGCCAUGGCAGGCUGGCUAUAGCACCGUGGACUCUGCUAGCUCUUUCCUAGUUCCAGCACGCAGUGUCUCAGAGCUCUCAUCAAGCAGUAAUAUCAAGGUGACAGGUUGCUGGGCUUUCCAGGUGGAUGGGUCACCAAAAUUGCCAGACAAUUUCAUACCAUUUGGAAAUGGAGAAAUGGUAACACCCCGUUUGGACAACGGCAGCUCUGAAGCCAUCAUACUGCAGCAGCCUUUCAAAUAUUUUGGACGCACUCUGAAUCAGACCUUUGUGAACAACAAUGGCCUUCUAACGUUUGCUAAGCCGCCGUCCGACUGCAUCCCCUUUCUGAACUCUGGAAGAGACCUCAUUGCCCCCCUGUGGACUCACUUUGACAACAGACAGGGCGGAACAAUCUCCUGUAGAGAGGACACAAGCAGUGAUGUGCUGGCACAAGUCAACGCAGCUAUUAAACAAAACUCCCCUAACGCAAAUUUUACUGCUUCAUCAGCUUUUGUAGCUACCUGGGACAACGUGCCAUACUAUGAUGGUAGAGGGGUGGCUACUUUCCAAGUGGUUUUAGCCUCCAGUGUUCAGCGCUCUUUCAUCCUGCUGAUUUAUGGAAACAUCUCACAGUUGGGACAAACCUGGCUGGCUGGUUACGACACGUUGGACUCGGCCAAUUCAUUCACGAUUAAAGUAAGCAACGCCUCAGAACUCUCAUCCAGCAGCAAUACCAAUGUGAAUGGUCGCUCCACUUUCCCAGUGGAUGGCUCAACAAAAGUGCCAAGCAAUUUCCUGCCUUCAGACGAUGGCCAAGCAGUGAACUCCACUGCCAACGAUGGAAGCUCAGAUGCCAUUUCCUUGCAGCAGCCUUUCAAAUUCUUUGGACGUACAUACAGUCAGAUCUAUAUGAACAGCAAUGGAUACCUAACAUUUACUAAGCCACUGCCUGCCUCCAACUCCUCCCUGAACCCUAAAAGAGAUAUCAUUGCUCCUCUUUGGACUCAACUUGACAGUAGACGUGGUGGAAGCAUCUCUUACAUCAAUAAGCCAAGCAGUAAUGUUCUGGCACAAGUCACUGCAGCGGUCAAGCAAUACUUCCCCAACAUACCUUUUGCAGCUGCUUCAGCAUUUGUCGCUACCUGGAAAAGUGUGCCCUACAAUAAUAGCGGAGGGGUGGUCAAUUUCCAAGUGGUUUUAGCCUACAAUGUUCAUCGCUCUUUUGUCUUCAACUAUUAUGGAGAUAUUGCAGAGACCGGACAGCCAUGGCAGGCUGGCUAUAGCACCGUGGACUCUGCUAGCUCUUUCCUAGUUCCAGCACGCAGUGUCUCAGAGCUCUCAUCAAGCAGUAAUAUCAAGGUGACAGGUUGCUGGGCUUUCCAGGUGGAUGGGUCACCAAAAUUGCCAGACAAUUUCAUACCAUUUGGAAAUGGAGAAAUGGUAACACCCCGUUUGGACAACGGCAGCUCUGAAGCCAUUAAACUGCAGCAGCCUUUCAAAUAUUUUGGACGCACUCUGAAUCAGACCUUUGUGAACAACAAUGGCCUUCUAACGUUUGCUAAGCCGCCGUCCGACUGCAUCCCCUUUCUGAACUCUGGAAGAGACCUCAUUGCCCCCCUGUGGACUCACUUUGACAACAGACAGGGCGGAACAAUCUCCUGUAGAGAGGACACAAGCAGUGAUGUGCUGGCACAAGUCAACGCAGCUAUUAAACAAAACUCCCCUAACGCAAAUUUUACUGCUUCAUCAGCUUUUGUAGCUACCUGGGACAACGUGCCAUACUAUGAUGGUAGAGGGGUGGCUACUUUCCAAGUGGUUUUAGCCUCCAGUGUUCAGCGCUCUUUCAUCCUGCUGAAUUAUGGAAACAUCUCAAAGUUGGGACAAACCUGGCUGGCUGGUUACGACACGGUGGACUCGGCCAAUUCUUUCACGAUUAAAGUAAGCAACGCCUCAGAACUCUCAUCCAGCAGCAAUACCAAUGUCAAUGGUCGCUCCACUUUCCCAGUGGAUGGCUCAACAAAAGUGCCAAGCAGUUUCCUGCCUUCAGACGAUGGCCAAGCAGUGAACUCCACUGCCAACGAUGGAAGCUCAGAUGCCAUUUCCUUGCAGCAACCUUUCAAAUUCUUUGGACGUACAUACAGUCAGAUCUAUAUGAACAGCAAUGGAUACCUAACAUUUACUAAGCCGCUGCCUGCCUUCAACUCCUCCCUGAACCCUAAAAGAGAUAUCAUUGCUCCUCUUUGGACUCAACUUGACAGUAGACGUGGUGGAAGCAUCUCUUACAUCAAUAAGCCAAGCAGUAAUGUUCUGGCACAGGUCACUGCAGCGGUCAAGCAAUACUUCCCCAACAUACCUUUUGCAGCUGCUUCAGCGUUUGUCGCUACCUGGAAAAGUGUGCCCUACAAUAAUAGCGGAGGGGUGGUCAAUUUCCAAGUGGUUUUAGCCUACAAUGUUCAUCGCUCUUUUGUCUUCAUCUAUUAUGGAGAUAUUGCAGAGACCGGACAGCCAUGGCAGGCUGGCUAUAGCACCGUGGACUCUGCUAGCUCUUUCCUAGUUCCAGCACGCAGUGUCUCAGAGCUCUCAUCAAGCAGUAAUAUCAAGGUGACAGGUUGCUGGGCUUUCCAGGUGGAUGGGUCACCAAAAUUGCCAGACAAUUUCAUACCAUUUGGAAAUGGAGAAAUGGUAACACCCCGUUUGGACAACGGCAGCUCUGAAGCCAUCAUACUGCAGCAGCCUUUCAAAUAUUUUGGACGCACUCUGAAUCAGACCUUUGUGAACAACAAUGGCCUUCUAACGUUUGCUAAGCCGCCGUCCGACUGCAUCCCCUUUCUGAACUCUGGAAGAGACCUCAUUGCCCCCCUGUGGACUCACUUUGACAACAGACAGGGCGGAACAAUCUCCUGUAGAGAGGACACAAGCAGUGAUGUGCUGGCACAAGUCAACGCAGCUAUUAAACAAAACUCCCCUAACGCAAAUUUUACUGCUUCAUCAGCUUUUGUAGCUACCUGGGACAACGUGCCAUACUAUGAUGGUAGAGGGGUGGCUACUUUCCAAGUGGUUUUAGCCUCCAGUGUUCAGCGCUCUUUCAUCCUGCUGAAUUAUGGAAACAUCUCAAAGUUGGGACAAACCUGGCUGGCUGGUUACGACACGGUGGACUCGGCCAACUCUUUCACGAUUAAAGUAAGCAACGCCUCAGAACUCUCAUCCAGCAGCAAUACCAAUGUGAAUGGUCGCUCCACUUUCCCAGUGGAUGGCUCAACAAAAGUGCCAAGCAAUUUCCUGCCUUCAGACGAUGGCCAAGCAGUGAACUCCACUGCCAACGAUGGAAGCUCAGAUGCCAUUUCCUUGCAGCAGCCUUUCAAAUUCUUUGGACGUACAUACAGUCAGAUCUAUAUGAACAGCAAUGGAUACCUAACAUUUACUAAGCCGCUGCCUGCCUCCAACUCCUCCCUGAACCCUAAAAGAGAUAUCAUUGCUCCUCUUUGGACUCAACUUGACAGUAGACGUGGUGGAAGCAUCUCUUACAUCAAUAAGCCAAGCAGUAAUGUUCUGGCACAAGUCACUGCAGCGGUCAAGCAAUACUUCCCCAACAUACCUUUUGCAGCUGCUUCAGCGUUUGUCGCUACCUGGAAAAGUGUGCCUUACAAUAAUAGCGGAGGGGUGGUCAAUUUCCAAGUGGUUUUAGCCUACAAUGUUCAUCGCUCUUUUGUCUUCAUCUAUUAUGGAGAUAUUGCAGAGACCGGACAGCCAUGGCAGGCUGGCUAUAGCACCGUGGACUCUGCUAGCUCUUUCCUAGUUCCAGCACGCAGUGUCUCAGAGCUCUCAUCAAGCAGUAAUAUCAAGGUGACAGGUUGCUGGGCUUUCCAGGUGGAUGGGUCACCAAAAUUGCCAGACAAUUUCAUACCAUUUGGAAAUGGAGAAAUGGUAACACCCCGUUUGGACAACGGCAGCUCUGAAGCCAUCAUACUGCAGCAGCCUUUCAAAUAUUUUGGACGCACUCUGAAUCAGACCUUUGUGAACAACAAUGGCCUUCUAACGUUUGCUAAGCCGCCGUCCGACUGCAUCCCCUUUCUAAACUCUGGAAGAGACCUCAUUGCCCCCCUGUGGACUCACUUUGACAACAGACAGGGCGGAACAAUCUCCUGUAGAGAGGACACAAGCAGUGAUGUGCUGGCACAAGUCAACGCAGCUAUUAAACAAAACUCCCCUAACGCAAAUUUUACUGCUUCAUCAGCUUUUGUUGCUACCUGGGACAACGUGCCAUACUAUGAUGGUAGAGGGGUGGCUACUUUCCAAGUGGUUUUAGCCUCCAGUGUUCAGCGCUCUUUCAUCCUGCUGAAUUAUGGAAACAUCUCAAAGUUGGGACAAACCUGGCUGGCUGGUUACGACACGGUGGACUCGGCCAAUUCUUUCACGAUUAAAGUAAGCAACGCCUCAGAACUCUCAUCCAGCAGCAAUACCAAUGUGAAUGGUCGCUCCACUUUCCCAGUGGAUGGCUCAACAAAAGUGCCAAGCAAUUUCCUGCCUUCAGACGAUGGCCAAGCAGUGAACUCCACUGCCAACGAUGGAAGCUCAGAUGCCAUUUCCUUGCAGCAGCCUUUCAAAUUCUUUGGACGUACAUACAGUCAGAUCUAUAUGAACAGCAAUGGAUACCUAACAUUUACUAAGCCGCUGCCUGCCUCCAACUCCUCCCUGAACCCUAAAAGAGAUAUCAUUGCUCCUCUUUGGACUCAACUUGACAGUAGACGUGGUGGAAGCAUCUCUUACAUCAAUAAGCCAAGCAGUAAUGUUCUGGCACAAGUCACUGCAGCGGUCAAGCAAUACUUCCCCAACAUACCUUUUGCAGCUGCUUCAGCAUUUGUCGCUACCUGGAAAAGUGUGCCCUACAAUAAUAGCGGAGGGGUGGUCAAUUUCCAAGUGGUUUUAGCCUACAAUGUUCAUCGCUCUUUUGUCUUCAUCUAUUAUGGAGAUAUUGCAGAGACCGGACAGCCAUGGCAGGCUGGCUAUAGCACCGUGGACUCUGCUAGCUCUUUCCUAGUUCCAGCACGCAGUGUCUCAGAGCUCUCAUCAAGCAGUAAUAUCAAGGUGACAGGUUGCUGGGCUUUCCAGGUGGAUGGGUCACCAAAAUUGCCAGACAAUUUCAUACCAUUUGGAAAUGGAGAAAUGGUAACACCCCGUUUGGACAACGGCAGCUCUGAAGCCAUCAUACUGCAGCAGCCUUUCAAAUAUUUUGGACGCACUCUGAAUCAGACCUUUGUGAACAACAAUGGCCUUCUAACGUUUGCUAAGCCGCCGUCAGACUGCAUCCCCUUUCUGAACUCUGGAAGAGACCUCAUUGCCCCCCUGUGGACUCACUUUGACAACAGACAGGGCGGAACAAUCUCCUGUAGAGAGGACACAAGCAGUGAUGUGCUGGCACAAGUCAACGCAGCUAUUAAACAAAACUCCCCUAACGCAAAUUUUACUGCUUCAUCAGCUUUUGUAGCUACCUGGGACAACGUGCCAUACUAUGAUGGUAGAGGGGUGGCUACUUUCCAAGUGGUUUUAGCCUCCAGUGUUCAGCGCUCUUUCAUCCUGCUGAAUUAUGGAAACAUCUCACAGUUGGGACAAACCUGGCUGGCUGGUUACGACACGGUGGACUCGGCCAAUUCUUUCACGAUUAAAGUAAGCAACGCCUCAGAACUCUCAUCCAGCAGCAAUACCAAUGUCAAUGGUCGCUCCACUUUCCCAGUGGAUGGCUCAACAAAAGUGCCAAGCAAUUUCCUGCCUUCAGACGAUGGCCAAGCAGUGAACUCCACUGCCAACGAUGGAAGCUCAGAUGCCAUUUCCUUGCAGCAGCCUUUCAAAUUCUUUGGACGUACAUACAGUCAGAUCUAUAUGAACAGCAAUGGAUACCUAACAUUUACUAAGCCGCUGCCUGCCUCCAACUCCUCCCUGAACCCUAAAAGAGAUAUCAUUGCUCCUCUUUGGACUCAACUUGACAGUAGACGUGGUGGAAGCAUCUCUUACAUCAAUAAGCCAAGCAGUAAUGUUCUGGCACAGGUCACUGCAGCGGUCAAGCAAUACUUCCCCAACAUACCUUUUGCAGCUGCUUCAGCGUUUGUCGCUACCUGGAAAAGUGUGCCUUACAAUAAUAGCGGAGGGGUGGUCAAUUUCCAAGUGGUUUUAGCCUACAAUGUUCAUCGCUCUUUUGUCUUCAUCUAUUAUGGAGAUAUUGCAGAGACCGGACAGCCAUGGCAGGCUGGCUAUAGCACCGUGGACUCUGCUAGCUCUUUCCUAGUUCCAGCACGCAGUGUCUCAGAGCUCUCAUCAAGCAGUAAUAUCAAGGUGACAGGUUGCUGGGCUUUCCAGGUGGAUGGGUCACCAAAAUUGCCAGACAAUUUCAUACCAUUUGGAAAUGGAGAAAUGGUAACACCCCGUUUGGACAACGGCAGCUCUGAAGCCAUCAUACUGCAGCAGCCUUUCAAAUAUUUUGGACGCACUCUGAAUCAGACCUUUGUGAACAACAAUGGCCUUCUAACGUUUGCUAAGCCGCCGUCCGACUGCAUCCCCUUUCUGAACUCUGGAAGAGACCUCAUUGCCCCCCUGUGGACUCACUUUGACAACAGACAGGGCGGAACAAUCUCCUGUAGAGAGGACACAAGCGGUGAUGUGCUGGCACAAGUCAACGCAGCUAUUAAACAAAACUCCCCUAACGCAAAUUUUACUGCUUCAUCAGCUUUUGUAGCUACCUGGGACAACGUGCCAUACUAUGAUGGUAGAGGGGUGGCUACUUUCCAAGUGGUUUUAGCCUCCAGUGUUCAGCGCUCUUUCAUCCUGCUGAAUUAUGGAAACAUCUCACAGUUGGGACAAACCUGGCUGGCUGGUUACGACACGGUGGACUCGGCCAAUUCUUUCACGAUUAAAGUAACCAACGCCUCAGAACUCUCAUCCAGCAGCAAUACCAAUGUGAAUGGUCGCUCCACUUUCCCAGUGGAUGGCUCAACAAAAGUGCCAAGCAAUUUCCUGCCUUCAGACGAUGGCCAAGCAGUGAACUCCACUGCCAACGAUGGAAGCUCAGAUGCCAUUUCCUUGCAGCAGCCUUUCAAAUUCUUUGGACGUACAUACAGUCAGAUCUAUAUGAACAGCAAUGGAUACCUAACAUUUACUAAGCCGCUGCCUGCCUCCAACUCCUCCCUGAACCCUAAAAGAGAUAUCAUUGCUCCUCUUUGGACUCAACUUGACAGUAGACGUGGUGGAAGCAUCUCUUACAUCAAUAAGCCAAGCAGUAAUGUUCUGGCACAAGUCACUGCAGCGGUCAAGCAAUACUUCCCCAACAUACCUUUUGCAGCUGCUUCAGCGUUUGUCGCUACCUGGAAAAGUGUGCCUUACAAUAAUAGCGGAGGGGUGGUCAAUUUCCAAGUGGUUUUAGCCUACAAUGUUCAUCGCUCUUUUGUCUUCAUCUAUUAUGGAGAUAUUGCAGAGACCGGACAGCCAUGGCAGGCUGGCUAUAGCACCGUGGACUCUGCUAGCUCUUUCCUAGUUCCAGCACGCAGUGUCUCAGAGCUCUCAUCAAGCAGUAAUAUCAAGGUGACAGGUUGCUGGGCUUUCCAGGUGGAUGGGUCACCAAAAUUGCCAGACAAUUUCAUACCAUUUGGAAAUGGAGAAAUGGUAACACCCCGUUUGGACAACGGCAGCUCUGAAGCCAUUAAACUGCAGCAGCCUUUCAAAUAUUUUGGACGCACUCUGAAUCAGACCUUUGUGAACAACAAUGGCCUUCUAACGUUUGCUAAGCCGCCGUCCGACUGCAUCCCCUUUCUGAACUCUGGAAGAGACCUCAUUGCCCCCCUGUGGACUCACUUUGACAACAGACAGGGCGGAACAAUCUCCUGUAGAGAGGACACAAGCAGUGAUGUGCUGGCACAAGUCAACGCAGCUAUUAAACAAAACUCCCCUAACGCAAAUUUUACUGCUUCAUCAGCUUUUGUAGCUACCUGGGACAACGUGCCAUACUAUGAUGGUAGAGGGGUGGCUACUUUCCAAGUGGUUUUAGCCUCCAGUGUUCAGCGCUCUUUCAUCCUGCUGAAUUAUGGAAACAUCUCAAAGUUGGGACAAACCUGGCUGGCUGGUUACGACACGGUGGACUCGGCCAAUUCUUUCACGAUUAAAGUAAGCAACGCCUCAGAACUCUCAUCCAGCAGCAAUACCAAUGUCAAUGGUCGCUCCACUUUCCCAGUGGAUGGCUCAACAAAAGUGCCAAGCAGUUUCCUGCCUUCAGACGAUGGCCAAGCAGUGAACUCCACUGCCAACGAUGGAAGCUCAGAUGCCAUUUCCUUGCAGCAACCUUUCAAAUUCUUUGGACGUACAUACAGUCAGAUCUAUAUGAACAGCAAUGGAUACCUAACAUUUACUAAGCCGCUGCCUGCCUUCAACUCCUCCCUGAACCCUAAAAGAGAUAUCAUUGCUCCUCUUUGGACUCAACUUGACAGUAGACGUGGUGGAAGCAUCUCUUACAUCAAUAAGCCAAGCAGUAAUGUUCUGGCACAGGUCACUGCAGCGGUCAAGCAAUACUUCCCCAACAUACCUUUUGCAGCUGCUUCAGCGUUUGUCGCUACCUGGAAAAGUGUGCCCUACAAUAAUAGCGGAGGGGUGGUCAAUUUCCAAGUGGUUUUAGCCUACAAUGUUCAUCGCUCUUUUGUCUUCAUCUAUUAUGGAGAUAUUGCAGAGACCGGACAGCCAUGGCAGGCUGGCUAUAGCACCGUGGACUCUGCUAGCUCUUUCCUAGUUCCAGCACGCAGUGUCUCAGAGCUCUCAUCAAGCAGUAAUAUCAAGGUGACAGGUUGCUGGGCUUUCCAGGUGGAUGGGUCACCAAAAUUGCCAGACAAUUUCAUACCAUUUGGAAAUGGAGAAAUGGUAACACCCCGUUUGGACAACGGCAGCUCUGAAGCCAUCAUACUGCAGCAGCCUUUCAAAUAUUUUGGACGCACUCUGAAUCAGACCUUUGUGAACAACAAUGGCCUUCUAACGUUUGCUAAGCCGCCGUCCGACUGCAUCCCCUUUCUGAACUCUGGAAGAGACCUCAUUGCCCCCCUGUGGACUCACUUUGACAACAGACAGGGCGGAACAAUCUCCUGUAGAGAGGACACAAGCAGUGAUGUGCUGGCACAAGUCAACGCAGCUAUUAAACAAAACUCCCCUAACGCAAAUUUUACUGCUUCAUCAGCUUUUGUAGCUACCUGGGACAACGUGCCAUACUAUGAUGGUAGAGGGGUGGCUACUUUCCAAGUGGUUUUAGCCUCCAGUGUUCAGCGCUCUUUCAUCCUGCUGAAUUAUGGAAACAUCUCACAGUUGGGACAAACCUGGCUGGCUGGUUACGACACGGUGGACUCGGCCAAUUCUUUCACGAUUAAAGUAAGCAACGCCUCAGAACUCUCAUCCAGCAGCAAUACCAAUGUGAAUGGUCGCUCCACUUUCCCAGUGGAUGGCUCAACAAAAGUGCCAAGCAAUUUCCUGCCUUCAGACGAUGGCCAAGCAGUGAACUCCACUGCCAACGAUGGAAGCUCAGAUGCCAUUUCCUUGCAGCAGCCUUUCAAAUUCUUUGGACGUACAUACAGUCAGAUCUAUAUGAACAGCAAUGGAUACCUAACAUUUACUAAGCCGCUGCCUGCCUCCAACUCCUCCCUGAACCCUAAAAGAGAUAUCAUUGCUCCUCUUUGGACUCAACUUGACAGUAGACGUGGUGGAAGCAUCUCUUACAUCAAUAAGCCAAGCAGUAAUGUUCUGGCACAAGUCACUGCAGCGGUCAAGCAAUACUUCCCCAACAUACCUUUUGCAGCUGCUUCAGCAUUUGUCGCUACCUGGAAAAGUGUGCCCUACAAUAAUAGCGGAGGGGUGGUCAAUUUCCAAGUGGUUUUAGCCUACAAUGUUCAUCGCUCUUUUGUCUUCAUCUAUUAUGGAGAUAUUGCAGAGACCGGACAGCCAUGGCAGGCUGGCUAUAGCACCGUGGACUCUGCUAGCUCUUUCCUAGUUCCAGCACGCAGUGUCUCAGAGCUCUCAUCAAGCAGUAAUAUCAAGGUGACAGGUUGCUGGGCUUUCCAGGUGGAUGGGUCACCAAAAUUGCCAGACAAUUUCAUACCAUUUGGAAAUGGAGAAAUGGUAACACCCCGUUUGGACAACGGCAGCUCUGAAGCCAUCAUACUGCAGCAGCCUUUCAAAUAUUUUGGACGCACUCUGAAUCAGACCUUUGUGAACAACAAUGGCCUUCUAACGUUUGCUAAGCCGCCGUCCGACUGCAUCCCCUUUCUGAACUCUGGAAGAGACCUCAUUGCCCCCCUGUGGACUCACUUUGACAACAGACAGGGCGGAACAAUCUCCUGUAGAGAGGACACAAGCAGUGAUGUGCUGGCACAAGUCAACGCAGCUAUUAAACAAAACUCCCCUAACGCAAAUUUUACUGCUUCAUCAGCUUUUGUAGCUACCUGGGACAACGUGCCAUACUAUGAUGGUAGAGGGGUGGCUACUUUCCAAGUGGUUUUAGCCUCCAGUGUUCAGCGCUCUUUCAUCCUGCUGAAUUAUGGAAACAUCUCAAAGUUGGGACAAACCUGGCUGGCUGGUUACGACACGGUGGACUCGGCCAAUUCUUUCACGAUUAAAGUAAGCAACGCCUCAGAACUCUCAUCCAGCAGCAAUACCAAUGUGAAUGGUCGCUCCACUUUCCCAGUGGAUGGCUCAACAAAAGUGCCAAGCAAUUUCCUGCCUUCAGACGAUGGCCAAGCAGUGAACUCCACUGCCAACGAUGGAAGCUCAGAUGCCAUUUCCUUGCAGCAGCCUUUCAAAUUCUUUGGACGUACAUACAGUCAGAUCUAUAUAAACAGCAAUGGAUACCUAACAUUUACUAAGCCGCUGCCUGCCUCCAACUCCUCCCUGAACCCUAAAAGAGAUAUCAUUGCUCCUCUUUGGACUCAACUUGACAGUAGACGUGGUGGAAGCAUCUCUUACAUCAAUAAGCCAAGCAGUAAUGUUCUGGCACAGGUCACUGCAGCGGUCAAGCAAUACUUCCCCAACAUACCUUUUGCAGCUGCUUCAGCGUUUGUCGCUACCUGGAAAAGUGUGCCCUACAAUAAUAGCGGAGGGGUGGUCAAUUUCCAAGUGGUUUUAGCCUACAAUGUUCAUCGCUCUUUUGUCUUCAUCUAUUAUGGAGAUAUUGCAGAGACCGGACAGCCAUGGCAGGCUGGCUAUAGCACCGUGGACUCUGCUAGCUCUUUCCUAGUUCCAGCACGCAGUGUCUCAGAGCUCUCAUCAAGCAGUAAUAUCAAGGUGACAGGUUGCUGGGCUUUCCAGGUGGAUGGGUCACCAAAAUUGCCAGACAAUUUCAUACCAUUUGGAAAUGGAGAAAUGGUAACACCCCGUUUGGACAACGGCAGCUCUGAAGCCAUUAUACUGCAGCAGCCUUUCAAAUAUUUUGGACGCACUCUGAAUCAGACCUUUGUGAACAACAAUGGCCUUCUAACGUUUGCUAAGCCGCCGUCCGACUGCAUCCCCUUUCUGAACUCUGGAAGAGACCUCAUUGCCCCCCUGUGGACUCACUUUGACAACAGACAGGGCGGAACAAUCUCCUGUAGAGAGGACACAAGCAGUGAUGUGCUGGCACAAGUCAACGCAGCUAUUAAACAAAACUCCCCUAACGCAAAUUUUACUGCUUCAUCAGCUUUUGUAGCUACCUGGGACAACGUGCCAUACUAUGAUGGUAGAGGGGUGGCUACUUUCCAAGUGGUUUUAGCCUCCAGUGUUCAGCGCUCUUUCAUCCUGCUGAAUUAUGGAAACAUCUCAAAGUUGGGACAAACCUGGCUGGCUGGUUACGACACGGUGGACUCGGCCAAUUCUUUCACGAUUAAAGUAAGCAACGCCUCAGAACUCUCAUCCAGCAGCAAUACCAAUGUGAAUGGUCGCUCCACUUUCCCAGUGGAUGGCUCAACAAAAGUGCCAAGCAAUUUCCUGCCUUCAGACGAUGGCCAAGCAGUGAACUCCACUGCCAACGAUGGAAGCUCAGAUGCCAUUUCCUUGCAGCAGCCUUUCAAAUUCUUUGGACGUACAUACAGUCAGAUCUAUAUGAACAGCAAUGGAUACCUAACAUUUACUAAGCCGCUGCCUGCCUCCAACUCCUCCCUGAACCCUAAAAGAGAUAUCAUUGCUCCUCUUUGGACUCAACUUGACAGUAGACGUGGUGGAAGCAUCUCUUACAUCAAUAAGCCAAGCAGUAAUGUUCUGGCACAGGUCACUGCAGCGGUCAAGCAAUACUUCCCCAACAUACCUUUUGCAGCUGCUUCAGCGUUUGUCGCUACCUGGAAAAGUGUGCCUUACAAUAAUAGCGGAGGGGUGGUCAAUUUCCAAGUGGUUUUAGCCUACAAUGUUCAUCGCUCUUUUGUCUUCAUCUAUUAUGGAGAUAUUGCAGAGACCGGACAGCCAUGGCAGGCUGGCUAUAGCACCCUGGACUCUGCUAGCUCUUUCCUAGUUCCAGCACGCAGUGUCUCAGAGCUCUUAUCAAGCAGUAAUAUCAAGGUGACAGGUUGCUGGGCUUUCCAGGUGGAUGGGUCACCAAAAUUGCCAGACAAUUUCAUACCAUUUGGAAAUGGAGAAAUGGUAACACCCCGUUUGGACAACGGCAGCUCUGAAGCCAUCAUACUGCAGCAGCCUUUCAAAUAUUUUGGACGCACUCUGAAUCAGACCUUUGUGAACAACAAUGGCCUUCUAACCUUUGCUAAGCCGCCGUCCGACUGCAUCCCCUUUCUGAACUCUGGAAGAGACCUCAUUGCCCCCCUGUGGACUCACUUUGACAACAGACAGGGCGGAACAAUCUCCUGUAGAGAGGACACAAGCAGUGAUGUGCUGGCACAAGUCAACGCAGCUAUUAAACAAAACUCCCCUAACGCAAAUUUUACUGCUUCAUCAGCUUUUGUAGCUACCUGGGACAACGUGCCAUACUAUGAUGGUAGAGGGGUGGCUACUUUCCAAGUGGUUUUAGCCUCCAGUGUUCAGCGCUCUUUCAUCCUGCUGAAUUAUGGAAACAUCUCACAGUUGGGACAAACCUGGCUGGCUGGUUACGACACGGUGGACUCGGCCAAUUCUUUCACGAUUAAAGUAAGCAACGCCUCAGAACUCUCAUCCAGCAGCAAUACCAAUGUGAAUGGUCGCUCCACUUUCCCAGUGGAUGGCUCAACAAAAGUGCCAAGCAAUUUCCUGCCUUCAGACGAUGGCCAAGCAGUGAACUCCACUGCCAACGAUGGAAGCUCAGAUGCCAUUUCCUUGCAGCAGCCUUUCAAAUUCUUUGGACGUACAUACAGUCAGAUCUAUAUGAACAGCAAUGGAUACCUAACAUUUACUAAGCCGCUGCCUGCCUCCAACUCCUCACUGAACCCUAAAAGAGAUAUCAUUGCUCCUCUUUGGACUCAACUUGACAGUAGACGUGGUGGAAGCAUCUCUUACAUCAAUAAGCCAAGCAGUAAUGUUCUGGCACAAGUCACUGCAGCGGUCAAGCAAUACUUCCCCAACAUACCUUUUGCAGCUGCUUCAGCGUUUGUCGCUACCUGGAAAAGUGUGCCCUACAAUAAUAGCGGAGGGGUGGUCAAUUUCCAAGUGGUUUUAGCCUACAAUGUUCAUCGCUCUUUUGUCUUCAUCUAUUAUGGAGAUAUUGCAGAGACCGGACAGCCAUGGCAGGCUGGCUAUAGCACCGUGGACUCUGCUAGCUCUUUCCUAGUUCCAGCACGCAGUGUCUCAGAGCUCUCAUCAAGCAGUAAUAUCAAGGUGACAGGUUGCUGGGCUUUCCAGGUGGAUGGGUCACCAAAAUUGCCAGACAAUUUCAUACCAUUUGGAAAUGGAGAAAUGGUAACACCCCGUUUGGACAACGGCAGCUCUGAAGCCAUCAUACUGCAGCAGCCUUUCAAAUAUUUUGGACGCACUCUGAAUCAGACCUUUGUGAACAACAAUGGCCUUCUAACCUUUGCUAAGCCGCCGUCCGACUGCAUCCCCUUUCUGAACUCUGGAAGAGACCUCAUUGCCCCCCUGUGGACUCACUUUGACAACAGACAGGGCGGAACAAUCUCCUGUAGAGAGGACACAAGCAGUGAUGUGCUGGCACAAGUCAACGCAGCUAUUAAACAAAACUCCCCUAACGCAAAUUUUACUGCUUCAUCAGCUUUUGUAGCUACCUGGGACAACGUGCCAUACUAUGAUGGUAGAGGGGUGGCUACUUUCCAAGUGGUUUUAGCCUCCAGUGUUCAGCGCUCUUUCAUCCUGCUGAAUUAUGGAAACAUCUCACAGUUGGGACAAACCUGGCUGGCUGGUUACGACACGGUGGACUCGGCCAAUUCUUUCAUGAUUAAAGUAAGCAACGCCUCAGAACUCUCAUCCAGCAGCAAUACCAAUGUGAAUGGUCGCUCCACUUUCCCAGUGGAUGGCUCAACAAAAGUGCCAAGCAAUUUCCUGCCUUCAGACGAUGGCCAAGCAGUGAACUCCACUGCCAACGAUGGAAGCUCAGAUGCCAUUUCCUUGCAGCAGCCUUUCAAAUUCUUUGGACGUACAUACAGUCAGAUCUAUAUGAACAGCAAUGGAUACCUAACAUUUACUAAGCCGCUGCCUGCCUCCAACUCCUCACUGAACCCUAAAAGAGAUAUCAUUGCUCCUCUUUGGACUCAACUUGACAGUAGACGUGGUGGAAGCAUCUCUUACAUCAAUAAGCCAAGCAGUAAUGUUCUGGCACAAGUCACUGCAGCGGUCAAGCAAUACUUCCCCAACAUACCUUUUGCAGCUGCUUCAGCGUUUGUCGCUACCUGGAAAAGUGUGCCCUACAAUAAUAGCGGAGGGGUGGUCAAUUUCCAAGUGGUUUUAGCCUACAAUGUUCAUCGCUCUUUUGUCUUCAUCUAUUAUGGAGAUAUUGCAGAGACCGGACAGCCAUGGCAGGCUGGCUAUAGCACCGUGGACUCUGCUAGCUCUUUCCUAGUUCCAGCACGCAGUGUCUCAGAGCUCUCAUCAAGCAGUAAUAUCAAGGUGACAGGUUGCUGGGCUUUCCAGGUGGAUGGGUCACCAAAAUUGCCAGACAAUUUCAUACCAUUUGGAAAUGGAGAAAUGGUAACACCCCGUUUGGACAACGGCAGCUCUGAAGCCAUCAUACUGCAGCAGCCUUUCAAAUAUUUUGGACGCACUCUGAAUCAGACCUUUGUGAACAACAAUGGCCUUCUAACGUUUGCUAAGCCGCCGUCCGACUGCAUCCCCUUUCUAAACUCUGGAAGAGACCUCAUUGCCCCCCUGUGGACUCACUUUGACAACAGACAGGGCGGAACAAUCUCCUGUAGAGAGGACACAAGCAGUGAUGUGCUGGCACAAGUCAACGCAGCUAUUAAACAAAACUCCCCUAACGCAAAUUUUACUGCUUCAUCAGCUUUUGUAGCUACCUGGGACAACGUGCCAUACUAUGAUGGUAGAGGGGUGGCUACUUUCCAAGUGGUUUUAGCCUCCAGUGUUCAGCGCUCUUUCAUCCUGCUGAAUUAUGGAAACAUCUCAAAGUUGGGACAAACCUGGCUGGCUGGUUACGACACGGUGGACUCGGCCAAUUCUUUCACGAUUAAAGUAAGCAACGCCUCAGAACUCUCAUCCAGCAGCAAUACCAAUGUGAAUGGUCGCUCCACUUUCCCAGUGGAUGGCUCAACAAAAGUGCCAAGCAAUUUCCUGCCUUCAGACGAUGGCCAAGCAGUGAACUCCACUGCCAACGAUGGAAGCUCAGAUGCCAUUUCCUUGCAGCAGCCUUUCAAAUUCUUUGGACGUACAUACAGUCAGAUCUAUAUGAACAGCAAUGGAUACCUAACAUUUACUAAGCCGCUGCCUGCCUCCAACUCCUCACUGAACCCUAAAAGAGAUAUCAUUGCUCCUCUUUGGACUCAACUUGACAGUAGACGUGGUGGAAGCAUCUCUUACAUCAAUAAGCCAAGCAGUAAUGUUCUGGCACAAGUCACUGCAGCGGUCAAGCAAUACUUCCCCAACAUACCUUUUGCAGCUGCUUCAGCAUUUGUCGCUACCUGGAAAAGUGUGCCCUACAAUAAUAGCGGAGGGGUGGUCAAUUUCCAAGUGGUUUUAGCCUACAAUGUUCAUCGCUCUUUUGUCUUCAACUAUUAUGGAGAUAUUGCAGAGACCGGACAGCCAUGGCAGGCUGGCUAUAGCACCGUGGACUCUGCUAGCUCUUUCCUAGUUCCAGCACGCAGUGUCUCAGAGCUCUCAUCAAGCAGUAAUAUCAAGGUGACAGGUUGCUGGGCUUUCCAGGUGGAUGGGUCACCAAAAUUGCCAGACAAUUUCAUACCAUUUGGAAAUGGAGAAAUGGUAACACCCCGUUUGGACAACGGCAGCUCUGAAGCCAUCAUACUGCAGCAGCCUUUCAAAUAUUUUGGACGCACUCUGAAUCAGACAUUUGUGAACAACAAUGGCCUUCUAACGUUUGCUAAGCUGCCGUCCGACUGCAUCCCCUUUCUGAACUCUGGAAGAGACCUCAUUGCCCCCCUGUGGACUCACUUUGACAACAGACAGGGCGGAACAAUCUCCUGUAGAGAGGACACAAGCAGUGAUGUGCUGGCACAAGUCAACGCAGCUAUUAAACAAAACUCCCCUAACGCAAAUUUUACUGCUUCAUCAGCUUUUGUUGCUACCUGGGACAACGUGCCAUACUAUGAUGGUAGAGGGGUGGCUACUUUCCAAGUGGUUUUAGCCUCCAGUGUUCAGCGCUCUUUCAUCCUGCUGAAUUAUGGAAACAUCUCACAGUUGGGACAAACCUGGCUGGCUGGUUACGACACGGUGGACUCGGCCAAUUCUUUCACGAUUAAAGUAAGCAACGCCUCAGAACUCUCAUCCAGCAGCAAUACCAAUGUGAAUGGUCGCUCCACUUUCCCAGUGGAUGGCUCAACAAAAGUGCCAAGCAAUUUCCUGCCUUCAGACGAUGGCCAAGCAGUGAACUCCACUGCCAACGAUGGAAGCUCAGAUGCCAUUUCCUUGCAGCAGCCUUUCAAAUUCUUUGGACGUACAUACAGUCAGAUCUAUAUGAACAGCAAUGGAUACCUAACAUUUACUAAGCCGCUGCCUGCCUCCAACUCCUCCCUGAACCCUAAAAGAGAUAUCAUUGCUCCUCUUUGGACUCAACUUGACAGUAGACGUGGUGGAAGCAUCUCUUACAUCAAUAAGCCAAGCAGUAAUGUUCUGGCACAAGUCACUGCAGCGGUCAAGCAAUACUUCCCCAACAUACCUUUUGCAGCUGCUUCAGCAUUUGUCGCUACCUGGAAAAGUGUGCCCUACAAUAAUAGCGGAGGGGUGGUCAAUUUCCAAGUGGUUUUAGCCUACAAUGUUCAUCGCUCUUUUGUCUUCAUCUAUUAUGGAGAUAUUGCAGAGACCGGACAGCCAUGGCAGGCUGGCUAUAGCACCGUGGACUCUGCUAGCUCUUUCCUAGUUCCAGCACGCAGUGUCUCAGAGCUCUCAUCAAGCAGUAAUAUCAAGGUGACAGGUUGCUGGGCUUUCCAGGUGGAUGGGUCACCAAAAUUGCCAGACAAUUUCAUACCAUUUGGAAAUGGAGAAAUGGUAACACCCCGUUUGGACAACGGCAGCUCUGAAGCCAUCAUACUGCAGCAGCCUUUCAAAUAUUUUGGACGCACUCUGAAUCAGACCUUUGUGAACAACAAUGGCCUUCUAACGUUUGCUAAGCCGCCGUCAGACUGCAUCCCCUUUCUGAACUCUGGAAGAGACCUCAUUGCCCCCCUGUGGACUCACUUUGACAACAGACAGGGCGGAACAAUCUCCUGUAGAGAGGACACAAGCAGUGAUGUGCUGGCACAAGUCAACGCAGCUAUUAAACAAAACUCCCCUAACGCAAAUUUUACUGCUUCAUCAGCUUUUGUAGCUACCUGGGACAACGUGCCAUACUAUGAUGGUAGAGGGGUGGCUACUUUCCAAGUGGUUUUAGCCUCCAGUGUUCAGCGCUCUUUCAUCCUGCUGAAUUAUGGAAACAUCUCACAGUUGGGACAAACCUGGCUGGCUGGUUACGACACGGUGGACUCGGCCAAUUCUUUCACGAUUAAAGUAAGCAACGCCUCAGAACUCUCAUCCAGCAGCAAUACCAAUGUCAAUGGUCGCUCCACUUUCCCAGUGGAUGGCUCAACAAAAGUGCCAAGCAAUUUCCUGCCUUCAGACGAUGGCCAAGCAGUGAACUCCACUGCCAACGAUGGAAGCUCAGAUGCCAUUUCCUUGCAGCAGCCUUUCAAAUUCUUUGGACGUACAUACAGUCAGAUCUAUAUGAACAGCAAUGGAUACCUAACAUUUACUAAGCCGCUGCCUGCCUCCAACUCCUCCCUGAACCCUAAAAGAGAUAUCAUUGCUCCUCUUUGGACUCAACUUGACAGUAGACGUGGUGGAAGCAUCUCUUACAUCAAUAAGCCAAGCAGUAAUGUUCUGGCACAGGUCACUGCAGCGGUCAAGCAAUACUUCCCCAACAUACCUUUUGCAGCUGCUUCAGCGUUUGUCGCUACCUGGAAAAGUGUGCCUUACAAUAAUAGCGGAGGGGUGGUCAAUUUCCAAGUGGUUUUAGCCUACAAUGUUCAUCGCUCUUUUGUCUUCAUCUAUUAUGGAGAUAUUGCAGAGACCGGACAGCCAUGGCAGGCUGGCUAUAGCACCGUGGACUCUGCUAGCUCUUUCCUAGUUCCAGCACGCAGUGUCUCAGAGCUCUCAUCAAGCAGUAAUAUCAAGGUGACAGGUUGCUGGGCUUUCCAGGUGGAUGGGUCACCAAAAUUGCCAGACAAUUUCAUACCAUUUGGAAAUGGAGAAAUGGUAACACCCCGUUUGGACAACGGCAGCUCUGAAGCCAUCAUACUGCAGCAGCCUUUCAAAUAUUUUGGACGCACUCUGAAUCAGACCUUUGUGAACAACAAUGGCCUUCUAACGUUUGCUAAGCCGCCGUCCGACUGCAUCCCCUUUCUGAACUCUGGAAGAGACCUCAUUGCCCCCCUGUGGACUCACUUUGACAACAGACAGGGCGGAACAAUCUCCUGUAGAGAGGACACAAGCGGUGAUGUGCUGGCACAAGUCAACGCAGCUAUUAAACAAAACUCCCCUAACGCAAAUUUUACUGCUUCAUCAGCUUUUGUAGCUACCUGGGACAACGUGCCAUACUAUGAUGGUAGAGGGGUGGCUACUUUCCAAGUGGUUUUAGCCUCCAGUGUUCAGCGCUCUUUCAUCCUGCUGAAUUAUGGAAACAUCUCACAGUUGGGACAAACCUGGCUGGCUGGUUACGACACGGUGGACUCGGCCAAUUCUUUCACGAUUAAAGUAACCAACGCCUCAGAACUCUCAUCCAGCAGCAAUACCAAUGUGAAUGGUCGCUCCACUUUCCCAGUGGAUGGCUCAACAAAAGUGCCAAGCAAUUUCCUGCCUUCAGACGAUGGCCAAGCAGUGAACUCCACUGCCAACGAUGGAAGCUCAGAUGCCAUUUCCUUGCAGCAGCCUUUCAAAUUCUUUGGACGUACAUACAGUCAGAUCUAUAUGAACAGCAAUGGAUACCUAACAUUUACUAAGCCGCUGCCUGCCUCCAACUCCUCCCUGAACCCUAAAAGAGAUAUCAUUGCUCCUCUUUGGACUCAACUUGACAGUAGACGUGGUGGAAGCAUCUCUUACAUCAAUAAGCCAAGCAGUAAUGUUCUGGCACAAGUCACUGCAGCGGUCAAGCAAUACUUCCCCAACAUACCUUUUGCAGCUGCUUCAGCGUUUGUCGCUACCUGGAAAAGUGUGCCUUACAAUAAUAGCGGAGGGGUGGUCAAUUUCCAAGUGGUUUUAGCCUACAAUGUUCAUCGCUCUUUUGUCUUCAUCUAUUAUGGAGAUAUUGCAGAGACCGGACAGCCAUGGCAGGCUGGCUAUAGCACCGUGGACUCUGCUAGCUCUUUCCUAGUUCCAGCACGCAGUGUCUCAGAGCUCUCAUCAAGCAGUAAUAUCAAGGUGACAGGUUGCUGGGCUUUCCAGGUGGAUGGGUCACCAAAAUUGCCAGACAAUUUCAUACCAUUUGGAAAUGGAGAAAUGGUAACACCCCGUUUGGACAACGGCAGCUCUGAAGCCAUUAAACUGCAGCAGCCUUUCAAAUAUUUUGGACGCACUCUGAAUCAGACCUUUGUGAACAACAAUGGCCUUCUAACGUUUGCUAAGCCGCCGUCCGACUGCAUCCCCUUUCUGAACUCUGGAAGAGACCUCAUUGCCCCCCUGUGGACUCACUUUGACAACAGACAGGGCGGAACAAUCUCCUGUAGAGAGGACACAAGCAGUGAUGUGCUGGCACAAGUCAACGCAGCUAUUAAACAAAACUCCCCUAACGCAAAUUUUACUGCUUCAUCAGCUUUUGUAGCUACCUGGGACAACGUGCCAUACUAUGAUGGUAGAGGGGUGGCUACUUUCCAAGUGGUUUUAGCCUCCAGUGUUCAGCGCUCUUUCAUCCUGCUGAAUUAUGGAAACAUCUCAAAGUUGGGACAAACCUGGCUGGCUGGUUACGACACGGUGGACUCGGCCAAUUCUUUCACGAUUAAAGUAAGCAACGCCUCAGAACUCUCAUCCAGCAGCAAUACCAAUGUCAAUGGUCGCUCCACUUUCCCAGUGGAUGGCUCAACAAAAGUGCCAAGCAGUUUCCUGCCUUCAGACGAUGGCCAAGCAGUGAACUCCACUGCCAACGAUGGAAGCUCAGAUGCCAUUUCCUUGCAGCAACCUUUCAAAUUCUUUGGACGUACAUACAGUCAGAUCUAUAUGAACAGCAAUGGAUACCUAACAUUUACUAAGCCGCUGCCUGCCUUCAACUCCUCCCUGAACCCUAAAAGAGAUAUCAUUGCUCCUCUUUGGACUCAACUUGACAGUAGACGUGGUGGAAGCAUCUCUUACAUCAAUAAGCCAAGCAGUAAUGUUCUGGCACAGGUCACUGCAGCGGUCAAGCAAUACUUCCCCAACAUACCUUUUGCAGCUGCUUCAGCGUUUGUCGCUACCUGGAAAAGUGUGCCCUACAAUAAUAGCGGAGGGGUGGUCAAUUUCCAAGUGGUUUUAGCCUACAAUGUUCAUCGCUCUUUUGUCUUCAUCUAUUAUGGAGAUAUUGCAGAGACCGGACAGCCAUGGCAGGCUGGCUAUAGCACCGUGGACUCUGCUAGCUCUUUCCUAGUUCCAGCACGCAGUGUCUCAGAGCUCUCAUCAAGCAGUAAUAUCAAGGUGACAGGUUGCUGGGCUUUCCAGGUGGAUGGGUCACCAAAAUUGCCAGACAAUUUCAUACCAUUUGGAAAUGGAGAAAUGGUAACACCCCGUUUGGACAACGGCAGCUCUGAAGCCAUCAUACUGCAGCAGCCUUUCAAAUAUUUUGGACGCACUCUGAAUCAGACCUUUGUGAACAACAAUGGCCUUCUAACGUUUGCUAAGCCGCCGUCCGACUGCAUCCCCUUUCUGAACUCUGGAAGAGACCUCAUUGCCCCCCUGUGGACUCACUUUGACAACAGACAGGGCGGAACAAUCUCCUGUAGAGAGGACACAAGCAGUGAUGUGCUGGCACAAGUCAACGCAGCUAUUAAACAAAACUCCCCUAACGCAAAUUUUACUGCUUCAUCAGCUUUUGUAGCUACCUGGGACAACGUGCCAUACUAUGAUGGUAGAGGGGUGGCUACUUUCCAAGUGGUUUUAGCCUCCAGUGUUCAGCGCUCUUUCAUCCUGCUGAAUUAUGGAAACAUCUCAAAGUUGGGACAAACCUGGCUGGCUGGUUACGACACGGUGGACUCGGCCAACUCUUUCACGAUUAAAGUAAGCAACGCCUCAGAACUCUCAUCCAGCAGCAAUACCAAUGUGAAUGGUCGCUCCACUUUCCCAGUGGAUGGCUCAACAAAAGUGCCAAGCAAUUUCCUGCCUUCAGACGAUGGCCAAGCAGUGAACUCCACUGCCAACGAUGGAAGCUCAGAUGCCAUUUCCUUGCAGCAGCCUUUCAAAUUCUUUGGACGUACAUACAGUCAGAUCUAUAUGAACAGCAAUGGAUACCUAACAUUUACUAAGCCGCUGCCUGCCUCCAACUCCUCCCUGAACCCUAAAAGAGAUAUCAUUGCUCCUCUUUGGACUCAACUUGACAGUAGACGUGGUGGAAGCAUCUCUUACAUCAAUAAGCCAAGCAGUAAUGUUCUGGCACAAGUCACUGCAGCGGUCAAGCAAUACUUCCCCAACAUACCUUUUGCAGCUGCUUCAGCGUUUGUCGCUACCUGGAAAAGUGUGCCCUACAAUAAUAGCGGAGGGGUGGUCAAUUUCCAAGUGGUUUUAGCCUACAAUGUUCAUCGCUCUUUUGUCUUCAUCUAUUAUGGAGAUAUUGCAGAGACCGGACAGCCAUGGCAGGCUGGCUAUAGCACCGUGGACUCUGCUAGCUCUUUCCUAGUUCCAGCACGCAGUGUCUCAGAGCUCUCAUCAAGCAGUAAUAUCAAGGUGACAGGUUGCUGGGCUUUCCAGGUGGAUGGGUCACCAAAAUUGCCAGACAAUUUCAUACCAUUUGGAAAUGGAGAAAUGGUAACACCCCGUUUGGACAACGGCAGCUCUGAAGCCAUUAUACUGCAGCAGCCUUUCAAAUAUUUUGGACGCACUCUGAAUCAGACCUUUGUGAACAACAAUGGCCUUCUAACAUUUACCGAGCCACUGUUCAACAGCGUGCCCCUUCUGAAUUCUGGAAGAGACAUCAUUGCUCCCCUGUGGACUCACUUUGACAACAGACAGGGCGGAACCAUCUCCUAUAGAGAGGAUACAAGCUGUGCUGUACUGGCACAAGUCACCGCAGCUGUAAAACAAUACUCCCCUAACAUAGAUUUUACUGCUUCCUCAGCUUUUGUUGCUACGUGGGACAACGUGCCAUAUUAUGAUGGUGCAGGGGUAGUUACUUUUCAAGUGAUUUUAGUCUCCAAUGCUGACCACUCCUUCGUCUUGUUCAACUAUGGAAACAUUGCAGAAACAGAGCAGCAAUGGCUAGCUUUCUAUAAUACUGUGGACUCUGUGAACUCUUACACUGUAUCGCUGAUUAAAUCUACUGAAUUAUCAUGCAGCAGCAACGUCAAUGCCAGUGGUCACUGGAUAUUUCCUGUUUAUGAUGUUUGUAGUACCUUAAACUGCACUCAAAAGGAAGUUUGCCGUUAUAAAGAUGGCUACGGCUGUGGUUGUUUGGAAGGACACAGGCCUAAUCCUGAAACUUUUGAUGCCAUGGAGUACUGUGCCAGCAGCACUGGUUUCUUAUCUCUUUCCCGAUGCCAACUCUUCGAAUUUGGGUUUUCUCCCGAGGUCCUACAUCUAAAUGACCCCAACUGCACAGGGAUUGUUGAAAAUGACAGAGUGCUGUUUUAUUUUGACAAUGAAGACCACAUCUGCGGGACAAAUCUGUCGAGCAACUCCACUCACUUCAUCUACCAAAACUCCAUUCAUUCUAAGUUGCCAAAGAGUCUUAUUACAAGAGAAAGAUGGGUAAACAUACAUUUUUCUUGCGUGUACCCUCUGAUCCAGACCCUCUCUAUGCCUAAGGACAUACAAGCAGAACAUAGUGUGUUGAGCAUAGAUCUUCCUGGACAAGGCAUAUAUUGGAUCAGAAUGAUUCCUUAUCAUGAUGCUCAGUUUACCCAACCAUAUGAGGGUGACGUGGAAGUGCAGGUGAACCAGAUGAUGUAUGUGGCGGUUGAGGUGGAAGGAGUGGACAGGCGUCAGAUUGCAACAGUUCUGGACAACUGCUGGGCCACACCAGUGAAUGAUAUUCAACAUCAAACUCGAUGGAACCUCAUUGUUAGAGAAUGCCCCAACCCUGAGGAUGGCACAGUGGAGAUUCUGCAGAAUGGUAAUGACACAACAAGCUAUUUCUCCUUCAGGACGUUCACCUUCACAGGAGCUUCGAACCGCAUCUUUUUGCACUGUCAGGUCCACCUCUGCCUGGUGCAGAAUGGCAAAUGUGCACAGUCAUGUGAGCCUGGAUGUAAACGCAGAAGGCGUCGAUCUUUGGACUUUCAACACACUGCCUCGAUCACCAUUGGACUUUAAGAGCUGGAUAAAAGAUGCCUGAUGUCAAAACGAUUAUUUAAAACACUAAACCAUAUGUUAUUGAGGAGGAGCAUGUCCUGGGCUAUUAAUGUGUUAAAUUAAAGGAUUUGUUUUUUGUUUGUUUUUGUCUAUUUUCAGUGUUGUAGUAAUAGUAUGUUCUUAAAUAAAUUUGAUUAGCAUAUAA